UACCAAAAAAUGAGACAAUUCAGUACCUCCUCCGUAGUUAUUAUAGAGAGAGAAACACAGUUGUAGAGAGAGAGAGAGAGAGAGAGAGGGAGAGGAGCCAUGUCUCCAGCGUAUCCAACCGCCGGAAACAAGAAAUUCCGGUCAAUCACUGCCUGCGACGCGUCUGCCGUAACUGACAUGUCGAUCGCGGCGGACCUGGACGGGACGCUCCUGAUCUCUCGAUCGUCGUUCCCGUACUUCAUGCUGGUGGCGAUCGAAGCCGGGAGCCUCCUCCGCGGUCUCGUUCUGCUAAUCUCCUUCCCCCUCAUCGCAGUCGCCUACUUGUUUGUCUCCGAAGCUCUGGCCAUCCAGAUGCUCAUCUUCAUCUCCUACGCAGGGCUCAAGAUCCGAGACAUCGAGCUCACGUCUCGGGCCGUGCUUCCGAGAUUUUAUGCAGCGGACGUGAGGGCGGAGAGCUUCAAUGUGUUCGAUAAGUGUCGGAGGAAGGUGGUGGUGACGGCGAAUCCAACGGUGAUGGUGGAGACUUUCGUGAGGGAGUAUUUGGGAGGGGAUAAGGUGUUGGGAACGGAGAUCGAAGUGAAUCCGAAGACGAAGAGGGCCACCGGAUUCGUGAAGAGUCCCGGGAUAUUGAUAGGAAAAUGGAAGAAACUGGCUGUUAUGGAGGAGUUUGGUGGGGGCGAAAUGCCUGAUAUAGGGAUCGGAGAUCGCGAGUCUGAUCACGAUUUCAUGUCCAUCUGCAAGGAGGGCUACAUGGUGCACCCUGACAAAUCAGCAAAGCCGGUACCUCUUGAUCGCCUCAAAAGCCCAAUCAUCUUCCACGACGGCCGAUUAGUCCAGCCCCCAACCCCGCUUAACGUGCUGCUCACCUACGUUUGGCUGCCAUUUGGCUUCAUGUUGUCCCUCAUUCGUGUCUACUUCAACCUCCCCCUUCCCGAGCGUGUCGUACGCCACUCCUAUCGUAUGCUCGGCAUCAACCUCGUCAUCCGUGGCAAUCCGCCGCCGGCCCCAUCCCCUGGGACUCCUGGAAACCUCUACGUGUGCAAUCACCGUACAGCCCUCGACCCGAUCAUCAUUUCCAUUGCACUCAAACGUAAAGUCUCAUGCGUGACAUAUAGCGUAAGCCGCCUCUCCAGGUUCAUGUCACCUAUCCCGGCUAUUGCUCUGACCCGUGAUCGCGAGGCGGAUGCAGCCCGGAUCAAAGAGCUGCUCCAGAAGGGUGAUCUAGUGGUUUGUCCAGAGGGGACCACGUGCCGCGAGCCCUACUUGCUCCGGUUCAGUGCUCUAUUCGCUGAAUUAAGCGAUAGAAUAGUGCCCGUUGCAAUGAAUGUUAAGCAGAACAUGUUCCAAGGGACCACAGUGCGUGGGUGGAAGUUUUGGGACCCGUAUUUCUACUUCAUGAACCCGAGGCCAAGCUACGAGAUUACGUUCCUUGACCGGUUGCCGGAGGAGAUGACUUGCAAGGGUGGAAAAUCGUCAUUCGAGGUGGCCAACCACGUGCAGAAGGUGUUGGGUGGGGUGUUGGGCUUUGAGUGCACCCAAUUGACUAGGAAAGAUAAGUAUUUGUUGUUAGGAGGGAAUGAUGGGAAAGUUGAAUCCAUGUACUCCAAGAAGAAGUGAAUACGGAAGGGAAGUUUGAUACAUACUGAACUCAUAUUCUGUCAUGGGUAUCGUGGUCAUUUGAGAGGUUGAGAGGGAAGAUUUCCUCAGGUGGGGGUGAAGGGUAAUAUGUGUACCUGUUUGGGUUUUUUCGUAUUUGGUUUGUGAAGCAUUGUUAAGAAUUCUCCAGUGGGAAUUUGCUUAAAUUGAUCUGUACUUAAUAUGAUCAUUAAAGCAAAUGAAAUAGUCAAAUUUGUAAGUGCUUGGAGAUCCAUAGAAAGUGAUACGUAUUCAACUUGGUUGCUAUAUUUAAUUGAAGCUUACUCAACGUAUUGAA